AUGCCGGCGCGGUCUCUCCUUGCGAUGAGCACACGAGUUGCGGUGCAAAACGUCAGAAGUCUGACAGAUAUCGGGAACAUCCCGUACUCGCUAGCGAGACCUUUCUUACUCAAAGUCGAGAGUCCAAAGCAGUUGCGAGAACUCGAGAAAAAUUCGCCCCACAUAAUGCAAGAUGACCGGGAGCUAUGGAUGGAAUUCAUCAAGCGCGACAUUCCUCGAUGGGAGCAGUACGACCUCCCCGAAGAAUCAGACUGCUGGUACGAUAUCUACUGUGACUUGGUCGAACAGUUUCAAAGCGAACUCGAAGAAGGUGCGCUUCAGCUGAAGCAAGCAGUGGACAAGUUUUAUUCGGACAAGGCCAGCAACGCAGCAGUCCUCGUCAAAGACACCAAUCGACUACCGAAGCCACGGCGGCGGUUUCAUACAGGCAGUAGGACAACCGAGUCUAAGAAAACUGGCUUGUUCAGCAGCAAGAGGAAUAAGGUUCUGGCCGUUCCCACGCAUCAGCUAAGUACUGGUGCGUCGCGGAUCAAUCACGUUCCCCAGUGGCUCGUCGAUGAACAUAAGCAAGUUCCUUCAUCUACAGCGCUACGAAAACGGCCGGACUCUGUGGCAUCCAAGUCUGGCCCUUCAUCUACAACGCCACCGGUCACCAACGCCAGGUCAAGUCAAGCGACGCCGACGCGGGAUGCUGCUACUAGACCUCGGAUAGCUCAACCCACUUCUCAGUCAGCGACCUCUUUGACGAAGAGUCAGACAACUCCUAGUUCUCGGCCACUUUUGCCCCUAAAACGCCCCUCGGCCGGAUCACCGCAGCGGACACAGACAGGACACUCUGAUCUAAAAGGGGAACCACCCGUGCGUCCCUCACCGACGCCAGCCAAAUCUCUAGUUCGAAAGCGACCUAUAAUAAGUCAGCCGAAUGUUUUCAUUCAGCAGAAAAAGAGAAGAACAUAA